CACAAUCCAUAUAAUAUAUAUAGAGGAACGUGUAAGAACUUAGAACAGAGACAGCCUUAAAGUUGAAUUUGUAUAUGAGAGCUGUAUCUACAUUCUUCACAAUAACCAGAAUCAACACGACGAAUAGGAAUACAGUUUCUUGUUUUUUCAGAAAGAUCAUCAUGUCUGCAUCAGAUACAAAUACAAGUUUUGGAUUUGAACGGCCCAGAUUGGUUGCCAAGAAAAUCUUGGCCAAGCCUCAGAGUGAAGGCGAUGGUGCUGUUGUUAGAAGAAGCAUUGGAAGGCCUGAGUUGAAGUCUUUGGAUCCCUUUCUCAUGUUGGAUGAAUUUGCAGUUUCACCGCCUGCUGGAUUUCCUGAUCAUCCACAUAGAGGUUUCGAGACUGUUACAUACAUGCUACAAGGGGCAUUCACUCAUCAAGAUUUUGCGGGCCACAAGGGUACAAUACAAACAGGUGAUGUGCAGUGGAUGACUGCAGGAAGGGGUAUAAUUCACUCGGAAAUGCCUGCAGGAGAGGGUACUCAAAAAGGUUUGCAGUUAUGGAUAAAUCUCUCAUCCAAGGACAAAAUGAUUGAACCUAGGUAUCAAGAACUUCUGAAUGAGGACAUCCCAAAGGCAGAGAAAGACGGGGUCGAGGUCAAAAUCAUUGCAGGGGAAUCAAUGGGAGUUCACUCUCCAGUUUACACUCGAACUCCAACAUUGUAUCUCGAUUUCACCCUAAAACCCAAUGCUCAACAUCAUCAAAGCAUCCCCGAAUCUUGGAAUGCUUUUGUUUACAUAAUUGAAGGUGAAGGGACCUUUGGUCUCCAGAAAUCGGUGCCCAUAAAGGCUCACCAUGUCUUAGUUUUUGGUCCUGGCGAGGGUCUAAGUGUAUGGAACAAAUCUUCCAAUCCAUUGAGAUUUGUUUUGGUAGGUGGGCAGCCACUGAAUGAACCAGUGGUUCAGCAUGGUCCUUUUGUGAUGAACACACAAGCUGAAAUCGACAAGACUAUCGAAGACUAUUAUUACAGCAAGAAUGGUUUCGAAAUGGCAAGACACUGGAGAUCUCAAUGAGUGGCUAAACUCUAAAGCUCCAAAAGUCUAUGCAGAAAUAGGAGUUACAGUCUUUAUCUAUCAAUCAUGGAGGGCAAGAGCUUCCAGAAGCCUAUAUGUGCAACCACUGCUUAUAUGUCAUUAUCACUCAACUUAUUUUGGUUGUCUUUACUUUCUCAAUCCAAAAGAUGAUGUAUUUUAUUUCCUGAUGUCUUGUCAUGAUUUUAAAAUUGUAUUCUUAUAAUUAAUAAACUUUUCCUUUUAAGCUGA